GGAAACCGGAGUGCCUGGAGGAAACCCCUGAAGUACAGGGAGAACAUGCAAGCUCCACACACACAGGGCAGAGAUGGGAUUCGAACCCCCAACCCCGGAGGUGCGAGGCGUGACCCCCAACCCCGGAGUCACAUUUCUGAGAGCAGCCGCUAUAAGAGAACGUGGGAUGUCGAGCACCUCUCAGAAGCACAGGGACUUCGUCGCCGAGCCGAUGGGGGACAAACCGGUCACUGCUCUAUCGGGCAUUGGAGAUGUUCUGGGCAAGAAGCUGGUGGAACAAGGCUUUGACAAAGCGUUUGUAGUGUUGGGUCAGUUCCUUUUGCUGAGGAAGGACUCCGAACUGUUCUCCGAGUGGCUGAAGGACGCCAGUGGGGCCAAUUCGAGGCAAGCGGCCUCCUGUUCUCAGUGUCUGACCGAAUGGUGUAACAACUUUCUCUGAAUCUGGUGGCUUUUUUUUUUUUUUUUUUUUUUUUUCCCCACUUCCUUUCAGUACUUUCCCUUGUAGCCAUCAUGGAGCAGUUUUAACCUUUUGAACAAAUAUCAUCUAUGCUUUUUGUCUCCCACGAUUCGCACUUCAGAAUUAAUGCUACAUUCGAUGUCAUUGUAUUAAAGUGUGUAGACAUAUGGAUGGUUCUUAAUAGAAUAUUCAGCUGACUUUAAAGAAUAAAGUUUGGAGAGAAUUUUCAGCCAGUUUCAGCGACUUAACCCAAUGACUUACUUGUCGCUUGAUUUUGAUUCUCAGUUUGAGGGGGGGGGGGGACCCUCCAAAUGACCAAUCAAGUUAAAUUUGAAUCACGUGUAAAGGGAAACAGCUGAAAUACUGGGAGUACGGUUUAAAGGUGUGCUCUUGAUCCACCAUGUGCUAUUUUUGCUCGAACGCUCGACUCAAAAUGCACUUGAUUUUACCCAACGAAUGAAAGUGGGCAAGUUGGAACAGGGAAACUAGUGAAAUGAGGCAAUGCAUAGGAUUGAGAAAUGCUGCGACAUGUCUUUCUCCUCUGAAAGUGUUAGCAAGGCAAAGCCGGUGUAUCGCAAUAUACAAAAGCGCUGGCCUUGCUGUUCUGUAUAUGCUUUUAUGUGCAAAUACAUAUGUUUACAUUGUAUUUAGUUGUUAAAAUAGCAUAUGUAUGAGUAAAUGUUGUACAAACCACAUACAUGACUGCAUAAUAUAUUUAUAUUUUCUUUAUUGGGUUGUACAAUUAUACAUUCAUGAUGGACUAUAGUGGUUCAUAUCCUUGUUUGUUUGUUUUUGUUUUUUCUUCUGCACUAAGGGAGAUGUACAGUAUGUUGAUGUACACUCUCAGAAAUAAGGUAUCAAACUUGCUGAGGUGGGACCAGCAAGCGCACAUCCUUUUGUAUCUUUAGUAUGCAAUUUUCCCUGGGCUUUUAAAGUUUUAAUGGGACUUGGUAGCCCUUUCGAUCCAAAUAUGUCCCUUCAAAUUCUUUCUAUUGGUAUACCUAUUAAAGCUACAUCAGAUGUCUCCUGGAUGAUACCACAUCAAGGUGGAACCAUCAGUAAUGAAAAGUUGCUGAAAAUUUAAAAAGUAAAAACUAGAAACCAUCACAGAAAUUCUAAUGGUUUCCAUUACAAAUGCCAUUACAAUCCAUCAGCUGUUAACCAAUUAAAAUCAUUACCAAGUGUCAAAGGUAUUCUAUUGGUCCUUAAUGGUAUCCACUAGACAUGCCAUCAAUAGCAGGCAACAAAUUACCAGUAGAGACUCAA